UUCUCUAAUUCAAAUUUGAAUAUUUGUAUGUUUACUGACAACGUCAGCAUUGUUUUUGUCACUGACUGAUCCAGAAAACAAGAUAAAUGUUGAAUUAAUAAAAAUUUGUACUGUACUGAUAAUUGAAUAACAAAUAAAAAAAGUUAUACUGUAUUUUCUGUCUCUUUAAUGAUUUUUGUCCAAACUUGAAGUAAGCACCCGUCCAUAUCUGUCUCCUAGAUAUUUUCAACAUUAAAUCAAUGAUCUUAACUCUAUUUUAGGUAGAUACAUGCAAAUACAAUGGUUUGAAAUAUGACAAUCCUUCAACAUUAAAUCAGUGACUGUAAAAAAAAAAAAAAAUUCUUGAGUUUAAGCUAAGGAGCAAAAAGGAAAAGAGAGAAACAACUGGAAAGGAUCUUUGUCUUGUUUUAGAUAAUGCUUAAAACUAAAAGCUGUAAUGGUUAUGUUGAAUUAGUUGGAAAUCUGUAAAUUAACCGUGUUUAUGUAUCAAAAGAAUCUGAGACACGCUGUACAUAAAAGGCUUUUGAUGAGCUGUAUCAUUGACAUAAUUGGUUGGAGUCUUGAAGAGAAUGAGUGAUCAUAAUGAUGCCUACCAUCUUUAUUUAAUCAUGGAUAACACCUAACGUUACUUCAUUUGUUAAAACUACAAAUCUUUAUCAGCAUUCAUAUAGUUUCUUAGAUUUUUGCCCACCCCUUACUCUACGGGCUUUCCCUUUUUGCCUGAAUGGGCCUCCUCUCUUACAUAAUAGACUAACAUAAUUAGCCGUUGACCUUCUUCAGAAAGUGCUUGUUUUUGACCCGUCCAAGUGGAUUGGUGUCCCUGAAGCGCUUCACCAUCCUUGCAUGGCGCCUCUAUAUAUUAUUUGGAGUGGAGCCUAUUGUAAACCAUCCCGCUCAAAUUCCUGUUGGUAUCGAUGUAGAUGAGGAUUUUGGAGAGGAGGUGAUAAUAGAGAUGAUGUGGAACGAGAUGCUACAUUGGUACCAUCAUGUUUCAACCUUAACCACUGAGCUCUGAGGCCAAGUCUUCCACGGGUAACUAACAGAGAUCUUCUGCUACUUAUGUUUGAUUCUCAUCAUCUUAUAAACAUAGUCUUGAAGAAGAAGAAGUAUAACUCGUAGUUUAAGCGAGUUGUGAUGCCAUGCAAGUUCUUUUUUUGUUUUACAUGCUUGAAGUGUGCCUGUGAGAAAAUUUAACUCAACCCAAAUCUUAUCUCUUUUACGUCAAAAUUAAUUAACCGCGCGCUAAUGAUAACACACAGAGUAAACCCUCAUGAAAAACUUAUUGCUUCUCCCGCAAGAAAGUCAAUCCGUAAGAUCAACUAAUAUACAUCUGGGAUAACGUUUAUUUUGUUGGUGGAAGCUAAAAUACGUGAUCCGAUCAAUUUAUCACAUAUAAUGAUAUCUGGUCAAAUCACCAAACUAUUUGUUUAUACGAGAAAAUCACAUUCUAGUUUUAAGACAAGUCUCAUCAUGAUAACAACAAAGCCCUACUCUCUUGUCCGAAUCAUUAAUCCUAACAACUCCUCCAUGACAAAAUAAUCAUUCAACCUCUCUACACACAAAAGAAACAAGUAAGCAAAGAAAGCAAGAAAGGAUCUCAUUCAUCGAAUCUAAUUAAGAUGGUGAGUCUCUUUUCGUCGAAGAAAGGAAGCAAAGAAAGCAAGAACCCUUAUUCAACCCGCGGACUUGACAAGUUCUCUACACUUCUCUCUGAGCUAGACGAGAAGAGACAGAACAUUUACGCAAAGAGGGUCGACUCCGAUGGGCCGCCUCUUGUUCGGUUUGUGUUCAAGAGCUCCGGCGAGUGUGUCCCUGUCAUGAUCAAGACAAAGAAAGGACCAAAGAAGAAGGAUGAUGCUCAAGACGAUCUCGUUGUCAAGACCGAGUCAAACACAAAGGAGGAAAAAGAAUUAAAGCCAGAAGCAAGGGAGAAUAAACAGAGAUGUGCAUUGAAAGAGAAUCUGAAGAAGUUUUCAAGACCGAACCAUUUUUUGCCACUGACAACGAUCUUGGUUCUGAUCUUCUUGAUGUUUUUUGGACGAAGCGUUUCGAUAAUGUGCACUUGUAUUGUUUGGUACUUGAUUCCGAUUAUCAAGGAACAAAGUAGAAAGAAAGGUUCAACAUGCAAGACCAAAAAGAAGAAUAAGGAGAAAACGAAUACAGAAAAUGGAGCAUCUCUUAAUAAGAAGAUGGCUUGUGACCAAACUGUUCUCAAGGAGAAGUAUCCGCAUGUGGCUGCUCCAUGUCAAACCACCCGGUGACAGAAAAACUGAUAAACUUGUACUAUUUUAUUGUGUGUGAAAAUUCUUUUAUUCGUUUUAUCUGAUAUUAACCCUAAUGUUUUUGUUCCUUAUUUGUUUUGUUCAUAUAGUUGUUAAUUUUUGAAAAUGAUUUUUUUUGUUGGUAAAA